AUGACCGAGGAUACUUUCCUGGUUGGAAACGCAGAUGAUGUCACCGCGGUAAUUACACCAAGAGGCACCGAAAGUGCGCAGAAAAAACCUAGCCGGCCGCGGAAUGGCAUCGAAAUACAUGCCUUGCCUGCUAACUUUGACGGGAAGCAACUACAGCUUAGCCCUAAAGAUGACCCCCUCGAUUGGAUGAAAAGCAAAGGACUAAGUUCUGCAGAACCGGACAGAAUUCAUUUCUAUCUGUAUACUCGAUCUAAUUUAAAUGAACCCGUUGAGAUCGAUAUCAAUGAUAAGGAAACAUUAGUCAAAUCACCCUUCGAUUUCCGUCACCCCACUCAAAUUGCUAUUCAUGGCUGGAAAGAUAGCUACUUGGCUGGAGUUGCUAUUGGCAUAAAGAAUGCUCUAUUUGAAAGUGAUCCAACUAUAAAUCUGAAUUUCAUAUCGGUCGAUUGGAAAGUAUACAGCAAUUUCGAAAACUACACAAUUUCCAAAGAACUAUGCUCGACAGCUGGCAAGGAAGUAGCUCAAUUCAUCGAUUGGCUGCACGACAAUGCCAAGCUGCGAUUUGAUACCUUGACUUUGUACGGGAGCAGUAUGGGAGCACACGUAUCUGGCUUUGCUGGAAAAAAUGUCCAACGUGGAAAAAUUCACAGUAUCAUAGCUUUGGAUCCUGCUCUGCCGGAGUUCGAAUACAAUGACCCGACAAGUCGAUUGGCUCACACCGAUGCUGAGUAUGUGGAAUCGAUUCAAACAAAUGGUGGAGGAUGGGGCUUCUAUCAGCCAAUUGGUCAUACAACUUUCUAUCCAAAUGGAGGUAAAAAUCAACCUGGAUGUGAAGACCGAGGUGACAUGUGUUCUCAUAUAAGAGCUGUAUUCUAUUUUACCGAAGCCUUGAGUUCACCUAAAGGAAAUCAAUUCCAUUCGGUCAAAUGUGAUUCGCUAGAGCAAGUCGAGGAAGGCAAAUGUGAUCGAUAUGAAACAAUAAUUAAAAUGGGUGAUCCAAGGAAUUCGCAGAAGACCAAAGGGAUCUAUUAUUUAGAAACAAAUAGCGCGUCACCGUAUGCAAGAGGGGAUGGAAUUUAUCUAAACAAAAUGAAAGAAAUAAAAAACCUCAGUCAAAGUUGAAAUAAUUUA